GAGUGACAAGGUGCCGGCGCGUUCCCGUGCGGCUUCGCACUGCGCCAGGACCCUGCCUGGCUGCGCGGUGGUGUCGGCCGGGGGCUGCCUGUGCUGGGCCCCCCCUCACCCCGUCCCUCUCCCUCCAGCCCGCCAUGGCCAACGCCUCCCUGGCUCCCAACGCCUCCCUCCCGGACGCCCGCGACCCGGCCCUGGCCGUGGCCGAGGUGACCGUCUUGAGCGUGGUCUUGGUGCUGGCCACGCUGAGCAACGGGCUGGUGCUGGCGGCGCUGGGCCGGCGCCGCGCCCGCCCCGCCCCCAUGCACCGCUUCAUGGGCCACCUCUGCCUGGCCGACCUGGCGGUGGCCCUGUUCCAGGUGCUGCCGCAGCUGCUGUGGGACGUCACCGACCGGUUCCUGGGCCCCGACCCCCUGUGCCGGGCCGUCAAGUACCUGCAGGUGGUGGCCAUGUUCGCCUCGUCCUACGUCAUCCUGGCCAUGACCUACGACCGGCACCGGGCCAUCUGCCGGCCGGCUGUGGCCUUGCGCCGGGGCCGCGUCAGCUGGAAGGCGCCGUUGGUGGCAGCGUGGGGAUCCGCGCUGCUCCUCAGCCUGCCGCAGCUCUUCAUCUUCUCCAAGGUGCGGCUGCCCGAGGGAGCCAGCGAGUGCUGGGCCACCUUCGCCGAGCCCUGGGGGGCCCGGGCCUACGUCAGCUGGGUCACCCUCAUGGUCUUCGCCCUGCCCACCCUCCUCAUCGCCGCCGGCCAGGCCCUGAUCUUCCGCGAGGUGGCCCGGAGCCUGGGGCGGGGCCCCCGGGGGGCCCAGGGCAGGGGGGUCUCGGCGGCCGUGGCCAAGACGCUGCGCAUGACGCUGGUCAUCGUGCUGGUCUACGUGCUCUGCUGGGCCCCCUACUUCUGCGUCCAGCUCUGGGCCGUGUGGGACCCCCGGGCGCCUGUGGAAGGACCAGCCUUCACCCUGCUGAUGUUACUCGCCAGCCUGAACAGCUGCACGAACCCCUGGAUUUACGGGGCUUUCAGCAGCAGCGUCUCGGGGGAGCUGAGCCGCCUCGUGUGCCCCCGGCUGCCCCGGCCCCGCGCCGGGUCCCUGCCCAGCGACUCCACCCUCACAGGCACCUCAGUGCUGAGCCGGGACCCCCCGGCCUGAGAGCC